UCCCCUCUGCCAUUGGGUCAGAGAGGCGGGGCGUUCUGCGCAAGUGCAGUCAGGGCCAAGGGCGGCUGCAGCUGUGAAUGAGUCUUUAUGGUGCACGGGAGAGUGUCUGUUGCUCAGAGGAGGAAGUACACAAAACCCAGUUUCGCUGUGAAUGAAGUGCUUGGUUUACAUCCGAAAAGAUGCUGGCAUUUUUCCUGAUUGGCUUUCUUGUACAUCUUGUCUUCUUUGCCGCAAUUUUUGACAUCUACUUUACUUCUCCCCUGGUCCACGGAACAACUCCUCACCGUGUCCCUCGUGAACCACCAGCGAAACGUCUCGUUCUCUUUGUUGCUGAUGGAUUACGUGCUGACACGUUUUUUGAACUGGAUACGGAGGGACAAACACGUUCGCCAUUUCUCCGGAAUGUGAUCGAGCACAGUGGAAGUUGGGGAGUGUCUCAUACCCGGGUUCCCACUGAAUCCAGGCCAGGACACGUGGCUUUGAUUGCAGGGUUUUAUGAAGAUGUCAGUGCUGUUGCUAAAGGUUGGAAAGAGAACCCGGUUGAAUAUGAUUCUGUUUUUAAUGAGAGCAAACACACCUGGUGCUGGGGAAGCCCUGACAUUUUACCAAUGUUUGCAAAAGGUGCCAGUGGUGACCAUGUUUAUACCCACAUGUAUCCAGCUGAAAAGGAGGAUUUUGCUGCUGCAGACGCCUCCAAACUGGACACUUGGGUAUUUAAUGAAGUAAAGAAUUUUUUUGAAUAUGCCAAAAGUAAUGAAACACUUUCAAACAAAAUGAAGGCAGAUCAAGUUGUUUAUUUCCUGCAUUUACUUGGCCUGGACACAAAUGGGCAUGCUCACAGGCCAAAGUCACGCGAGUAUAUGGAAAAUAUCCGAACAGUAGACAAGGGCGUUGAGGAAGUUGUUUUACUCAUUGAAGAUUUCUUUGAAAACGAUAAGAAAACUGCCUUUAUCUACACGUCUGAUCAUGGGAUGACAGAGUGGGGUUCCCACGGUGCAGGACACCCUUCUGAAACCCUCACCCCUUUGGUUGCUUGGGGAGCUGGAAUAAAUGGACGUCAACCUGGUUCAAACCAACAGUUUCAGGAUGAUUUUCUCCAAGAAUGGAAAUUAAAUGAUGUGCGGAGGUUAGAUGUGAACCAGGCCGAUAUUGCUCCAUUGAUGGCUUCUCUCAUUGGAGUCCCUUUUCCUUUAAAUUCUGUGGGCAUGUUACCAUUGGAGUAUUUAAACAAUACUGAUCAGUUUAAAGCUGAAUGCAUGCUAACAAAUGCUGUGCAAGUACUGGAACAAUUUAAGGUUAAGAUGACUCACAAGAAAAAAAACACCCUGACCUUCUUGUUUAGCCCCUUCAAAUCCCUUCCACUUUCCAAAGAACAGGACAUGCUUCGAACAGUGAGAUUGUAUAUUCAGCAACAUCAGUAUGAUGAAGCAAUAAAACUUUGCAAGUCUCUAAUAAAACUUGGUUUGGAAGGACUCUCUUAUUAUCAUACCUAUGAUCGCAUCUUCUUGGGGACUAGUGUAGUUCUAGGAUUUUUGGGCUGGAUUUCGUAUGCUUUUGUUCUGAUUGUCAAAUUCCACACAAAGUUAACCAAGCCAAUCUCCAAACUGGAUAAGCUGUCGACCGAUCAUCUCCUUCCUGUGAUAUUCAUUGGAGCUGGUGUAAUGAUAACAUUGUUUCUGAUGAUUCAGAGCUGUCCGUGGACCUAUUAUAUUUAUUGCCUGCUUCCAGUCACUGUGUGGUACGCAGUAAUAAAGGAGUUUAGAGUCAUUAAAAAUAUAUUCAAUUUAUUUUUAACACUUCCCCCUACAAAGUCCAUUGGCUAUUUAUUGCUUUUUAUCAUGGGGAUUGAAACCAUGGUAAGCAAUGUGAACUAUUUUAAAUGUUCCUUUUCAAAAUUAGAGAUCAAACUACAGCAAAUGGAAAUUCUGCUGGAAAAUGAUCUCGCAGAUCAACAUGUUUUAUUGUUUGGCAUGGCGAUUCACAGAAAGUGUGAUGUGGAAUUUAGAGUCAUCGGCCUGACAUUUGCAUGGGGCUGUGAAGGUGGCAUUGGGCAGAGAAUCUCAGGAUGGGAUGUCUGCUUUCUCUGGAGGCCUUCAAUGACCGUCUGGCUGCCUCUUGCUGCGGCUGGCCACUGCACGCAAGCUGUUUUUAUCACGGAGCCAUGCAAGCGAAGGCUAUGUCUUCGUAAAGUUGGAGUUGCUUCUGUGGCCUUCCGUCCUGGCUGUGUUUCCAACCUAAGAAACCUGUGUUUAUUGCAGUCGCUGAUCAUUGUUCUGUCACUCUACAUUGUGAACACCACACACUCCAGUUUGGCUUUUAAACAUGGUUUGCCGCUAAUCAAUCAGAUUAUCAGUUGGACAAUUCUAGCUUCCUCCUUACUGAUACCUCUGAUUAGCUCAACAUUUAUCUUUGAACGACUGCUAAGCAUUUACCUCUCAUUAAUGUCCACCUACCUCUUGUUCAGUACAGGAUACGAAGCUUUAUUUCCACUUCUGCUAUCCUGCUUGACAUUUGUUUGGAUCAGGCUGGAACAAGAGACGAUCCAGUUGCACGAUAUUUCUCCAGCUCCAAAGUUGUCCCAAAUGGAUUUUGCCCAGAAGGUUGACACCACGCAGAUUCGACAACUUAGACUAGAUGAUAUAAGACGGUCUUAUUUCUUUAUUUUCUUCAUUGUGACAGCUUUUUUUGGCACUGGAAAUAUCGCAUCUAUCAACAGUUUUGAUCCUGCAUCUGUCUACUGCUUCUUGACAGUUUUUAAUCCUUAUGCAAUGGGCGCAUUAAUGAUGUGGAAGAUAUUAAUUCCUUUUGUGAUUGUGAUGUGUGCAAUUGAAAGUAUUCAAGUUUCAACUCAGUUAUCAUCAAACAGUCUUUUUCUGAUUGUUCUUUUAAUCUCCGACAUCAUGGCUUUGCAUUUUUUCUUUUUGGUUAAAGACAGUGGAAGUUGGCUGGACAUUGGAACUAGUAUCAGUCAUUAUGUCAUCGUGAUGUCCAUGACCAUAUUUCUCAUGCUCCUAAGUCGCUUGGCUGAGAUACUGACUACAGGGAGAAUAAGAUUUCAAGGAAAAAUCAAGCAGCAUUUCACAUGACCAUUGAGUAACACGAACGAAUAAAAACUCCAUCACUCUCCACGUGCAUUUGGGUUGGAUUAAGAUGAGUAACAUGGUGUGCAGUUGAUCACUGAAGCCUUCUGUUCACAACCUCCCUAAAAACUAGGAGACAUAAGCAACUGAAUGUUUGGGACAAUUUUCCAAGCAUUAAGUGAGUUUUGUAAUCACAUUGUUUUUGUACUAUUUAGUUCAAAUUGUGCCAAAGUGCUGUUGCUCUAAUAUGGUACUGGGAGCACUGAGAAAAUGUAGAUAUCUGGCACAGCCAAUUAAAAAAAUAAUAAUCUGAUGGAAUCUCUGCACCCAAAUCAAGCAGCUCUAUACAUCUUGCAUGAACAGUUGAAUUUAUAACAAUAUAAAUAUAUGAUCAAUUGUGUCUACAAGGGCAUCAAUGCCGUUUGGAGUACACCACUUCAAUUUUGUGUGUGUGAUGGGUAAUGUGCUGCAGUGAAUGGUCAGAUCAUGGAACUGGCAAUGUAAUGAAAUUGGGGAGGGAGCAAGUCUGCUGGUGAUAAUUAAUGCAGGGAAAUAUUAAAUUUAAAGAAGAGAGAAAUUACAAAAUUGAGAAAUAUUUUGGAAAAGACACAGCUAAAAUGAGAAAUGUUCUUCAUUUGAUCUGAUUAAGCAUUUUGAUUAUUUUGUUUUGUUCUGAGACUUAUUCUGCUUGCUGCUCUGCAUUUGACAUGCUCUAUCAGGUGAAUUUCAGGGGAGUGGUAGUGUAAGUAACACCACAGUUUUGACAUGUCUGGUGUCAAAUUUUAAUUAAAAGGUGUUAACAUUGACGUUGUUAAGACAUAACUAGAUCAAGACUCCGAAUUCAGUUAAAUACAGGUAUAUGCAUUUGCCAGACAAAUGUGGUUUCUGGGAUUUUAUGUGAAGGAAUAAUGUCUUGAGCAUAACGUUGCAUUUAUCUGUGUAAUGAAACUCUGCCCUUUUUUAUUCCCCUCAAUAAGUUUGAAAUUUAGAACGGUCAUGAUUUAAGGAUGCUAUACUCAACUUAAAUAUUUAUAGACUUGUUACAUAGAAACAUAGAAAAUAGGUGCAGGAGGAGGCCAUUCGGCCCUUCGAGCCAGCACCGCCAUUCAUUGUGAUCAUGGCUGAUCGUCCCCAAUCAAUAACCUGUGCCUGCCUUCUCCCCAUAUCCCUUGAUUCCACUAGCCCCUAGAGAUCUAUCUAACUCUCUUAAAUCCAUCCAGUGAUUUGGCCUCCACUGCCCUCUGUGGCAGGGAAUUUCACAAAUUCACAACUCUCUGGGUGAAAACGGUUUUUCUCACCUCAGUCUUAAAUGGCCUCCCCUUUAUUGGCCCCUGGACUCGCCCAACUUUGGGCAAAUAUGUUGUGCAUGAUUGAGAUUUUUAUGUAAUUUGAUUACUGGUUAGUUGCACCUAGAUUCUCAAAAAUCAUUCUUUCAAUCAUGCAACUGUUUUAUUUUUAAUGUUUUAGAUUUGUUUUAUAAUGUUUAGAUUGGUUCAAACAUUUAUAUUUCUGUAAAUAAAAAAAAG